AUGAUGGUUUUAACACCAGUAUUUAGCGAUGAGAAAUCUCUGCCUUUUCCCACGUCAUUAUUAUAUAAUUUCACUUCAUCUCCCAGUUACGAAAUUUUGUAUUUUAUACAUUGUUUCACAUUUCAAUUUUUCAUACAUUUCACCAUAGCGGGAAACGAUAUAUUAAUACUAGCAUUCUUAUUGGCCGUUUCACAACAAUAUUAUAUUUUACGAUCCAGUUUCGCGGCAUUCGAUACAGAGGUUAUGUUGAAAGUGAACAAAAGUCUCAGAAAAAAAUAUGGUGAUAAAUUGGAACUGAAAUACGACGAAAGAAAAGAAUAUUUGUAUAGAUGCGUUCGACAACAUCAUAUGCUUCUAAGUUUUACUAAAAAAUUGAACUCGACUUUAAACCCAUUGGAACUAAGUCAACUAGUUGUUAGCAUAAUCGCUAUAUGUUUUGGUAUAUUAAGAAUAACAAGUAAGGGUAACAUAAAUUCGGCAGACAUUUUUAGUAGUUUUUAUUACAUCACUGCGUAUAUAUUCCAAUUAGCUAUCGAUUGUUACCUUGGAACGUAUUUAUUCUAUCAGGGAAGUUUAUUACCAGAUUCUAUAUUCUGUUGUAACUGGCAGAAUUUAGAUGACACAAAGUUGAAGAAAGAUUUGAUGUUUAUAUUGUUGCAUUCCCAAAGAGUUCCUCAGUUUAGUUCUUAUGGUUUAUAUAAUAUGAAUAUGGAGUCUUUUCUAAGGGUACUUAGGGUGGCAUUUUCCUUUUAUACCAUGAUGUCUAACGUUGGUAGAUAAAUUAACUUUUUCA